CUAAGACACCUCGAACUCGUAGCCGACGUAUACUGUGCAUCCCGUUCGCUCCUAUCUUUGCAAUCACGUAAAAGAUUGCUCCGUUGUUAUUUGGUGAACUGGGUCCGGGGUUCCAAUUUUUUCAUUGUUCGUUGAUCGGUGUGGUCUAGUGCAGUAAGUGCCGCGCGACUAGCGGUUUUACGAGCCCGAGGACCUCGACAACGACGGCACCGUGCAAUACCCAUUACAAUAUAGGAAUUAUGACCGAAUUAAUUAUCCUCGAUAUCAUUGGCUGAGCCGGAGAUCGAGUUACGUCGGAGGAUUUAUCGGUCACAGGUCUUCCCGAUUUCGCGUAUUACAACAAGAGAAACGAAAUGGAACACAGCACCGAACCGGAACACAACUUUUGUGCCGAUUCUCAGGGGCAGAUCCUCAAUUCUACCGUUAACCUUCACAUCAUCGCGACGACUGGGAAUAAUUUCCACCUCGCCGUACCCAGCAAUAGCACCGUCGAACAUUUGAAAAAGCUGAUCUCGAAAAGGCUGAAGGUCUCGGGCAGUAAAAUCUGCUUGCUGUUUAAGGACCGACAAUUAGAGCAUGGAUCACUGUCUGAGCACGGGAUUUCGGACGGGUCCAAAAUCAUGCUGCUGCCCAAUGUAGAAACUGGCCUUGUGAACCACCACCCCGAAAUCAGCAUCAUGCAGAUACUGGAAUCUCUAAACGACACCCAGGUGAACGAUUUUUUGUGCGGCAAGGCCCCGUUGAACCUCACCAUGCGUCUCGGCGAUCACAUGAUGUUUAUACAGCUGCAGCUCAGCUCGGUACCUUCAAAUAAUAGGUCGUCCCAUCACGUGCCCCUGACCCAGUGUCCGGACCCCCCCAAUGUGCACCAGGCCUGCAAAAACCUCCAGCGGGCGGUGCAACAGUUGUCCUCAGAUAUAACCGCCAAAAAAAGCAGAGGGGUGCAGCAGGAGAGCGUAUUUUCGGGAACGUUCAGCCGGGUCCUGAACCCGGUGCUGCAGGACUCGAAGGGUCGGCCCCACAGGGACGUCGGCACCAUCAUACAUAUCCUGAACGAUCUGCUGUGCUCGGUGCCGGAUCAGAACGGGUCGGGAGGCGGCGGUCCCUCCGCCGCGACGUCUAGCGACGCCGCCGACGCCGAGGGCGUCGCUUCCCCCGUCUCGGAUGUCGUCUUCGACGAGAACUCGGUGACCCGAAGCAAACUCGAUCAACUCAGGCUAGUCCUUGGCGAAAAGAGGGAAAGACGGAAGAGGCGGAAGCAGAAACCGUAUUCUCUGCCCCCACAGAACGAAGACGCGGUCUCCGUCUAGACAUUGUGAUAUAAAACGCCCCUCCCUUACCCCCUUUUAUUUCUCCGUUUGCACCGGGACCCGAAACCACGUGCCAAACCGAGUUAGUUAUCCUCCCGAUCUAUUCAUAAUCAUUUACGAUUUAGGACCACAGUUAUGUUUACGUCGAUAGUUUAAUUUGCAUGUGCCCUCGUUUUAGUUUUCGCAUAUUAUGACGGACGAAACUGUUAAAUACACACUAGUUUAUUUUA